UAAAUUUUAAAAUUAAUUUUUUAUUUUUGUUUUAUAUUCAAUUCUUUUUGAAUAAUCAAUUUGAUGCAAAUUUCAAUUUUAAAAAGUAUUAUGAUUUAUGUAAUAAAAUAAUUUCUAAUAUCAAGGAAAAAUUAUAUCAGGAAAGAGAAAAAGAAAUUGACCAGAUGAAAAUUAAACAAUUAAAAGAAAUAAUUGAUUUUGAUUUAAAUAAUGAUUUAAGUGAUUUUGAAGAUGAAGAUGACAUUGACAGUGAUGAUAUAUUGUACUUGAAAAUACUAAAUCAAAAUGAAAAUUUCAAGAAUGAGCUCAAUUUUAAUUAUUAUUAUUUAAUUAUUUAUUUAAAAAUUAUAAAAGGGCUUUAUUAUAAUACGUUUAUCUUUGAUAGAUCAAAUUUUCAGAUUUCAAAGAAUAAAAAGUUUGAUGAUGUGUUGAAGAAAAAUUAUAAUAAAGUUAAAUCAGAUUAUGAGUAUUUUAAGAAAAACCCGAGAAAAUCAAAUAGAGUGAAAAUCAAAAUAAUUACCUCAUUGUCUGAAAAUACUCAUGGGAAUAUUGUAGAAAAGGAACUGAACAAAAUGGAAUCAAUUAACCAAGAACAAUAUAAUAAUGAUAAUAAUGAUAAUGAUAAUGAUGAUGAUAAUGAUAUUAAUGAUGAUAUUAAUUUAAUUGAACAAAAUAUGGCAUACCAAAAUUUUCAUCUGGGCCGGCCAACAUUUCAUAUAAAAUUUAAUUAUGAUGAUGUUAGUGAAUCAAAGGGGUUUAUAAAUAAUCAAAAGCAAUUCAAACAAUUGAGUGUAAAUUUACCUCUUUUUGAGAGCCUUUGCAAUGAUAAUGACACCGAUAUUAUUUUUCCUCUAAACAAUAAUGGGAUUAAGGAUAAACUUGAGAAUCUAAACCUUAAUGACUUAGUAUAUCCAGUGCCCUUAUCUUUGCUAAAUUUAUCGUACAAGAUUGCUAAAUUAUGUAGUCAUAAUAACUUUUUCAAAGAAAAGAAAAUCUGGGCAAGAAAUUUUCCUAAAAUACUGUCUGAUUUUGAGGAUAGAUUAUUAAAUUGGAAGAAUAAUUGGAAACUAACAUACUACGAUAAAAAAAGCAGGCUGGUGAAAUAUAUCUCGGUUUACCAUGAGUUGAUCUAUCACAACAUAAUGUCCUUUUAUUACAGCGUGUUGAUAUACUAUUGUCGCUAUGUUAACGUCAGUUCUUUAGUCUCGAUAAACAGCUAUGUUUUGAAAACAAUAAGCCAUUUAAAGAAAGUCUAUCAGAUAAUUGAAACAAUGUAUGAUAAUAUGGAUGGUGUAGGAGAAGGGAAACCGUUUCAUUUCAAACCAUUUUUCUUGCCAAUAUUCUACGCUAGCUGCGAGGUGAGUAGUGACGCUUUACAAAAGGAAUGUGAAGUAAUUUGGCGCCAUUACGAUAGAUAUAUUCGUCAAAGCAACCGGUCGAAGAGCAGCAUUUUCAACAACAACUACUGGAAGGCCAAGCAGGUGGUGUAUGAGAUUUGGGAGCAGCAAAACCAGAACCACAAGAACGUGUCGUGGAUCGAGUUGCUCAAGCAGUGGAACUUCAAGUUGCUUCUAGUGUAGUUUCCAGUGCUUCUGCUGGCUCUGCUGGCCCUGCUGCUUCUGCUGCUUCUGCUGCUUUUGUAGAUAUCCAGAGCUGUCAUGUUGGGCCAGCAAGAUCCGGCACUGUGGUGCUGAUCUAAAUAUGCAGGAUUAUGCAGGAUCCAGACUAGGAGAUGCAGAAUGUAUACCGUUAGAAAGACACGCUAAAUCGAAUUAUUGAUAGGCACCAAGGCACUACUUCUUAUGAUCC